AUGCUGUUGGAGGAUUGCAAGAACUGCACGUGUAUCGAUGGUAAGUUCUCGUGCGCCGUAUUGGACGACACCUGCCCAGAGCUGACGACGUGUGGGGUCGGAAUGUUCGCCUGCGACACGGGCAGAUGUAUACCGGACGGAUGGCGGUGUGAUGGCGGCCAUGAUUGCAAGGAUGGUUCAGACGAAAAGGAUUGCGGCAGCAUGAUGUGCCAGCCGGAGCAAUUUCACUGCACGAAGACGAGCGAGUGCAUUAACUCCACGCUUCGCUGCGACGGAAUUCCGGAUUGCAUCGACCGAUCCGACGAGGUCGACUGUGGUUGUGGACGAGAGUUCGACUGCGGGGCGAUGGACGAUAGCGACGAGAAAAGCUGUGGAUCGUGCGAUUUCGGGCAUUUCGCCUGCGACGACGGCAAGUGUCUGGAUGGAGAACAGCGAUGCGAUGGCGUUCGCGACUGCAAAGAUGGUCUAGACGAAAAGGGAUGUGCAGGAUUUAGCCUUGGAAAUUCGAUAUUCGCCUUGGAAAUUUAG